UUCUCAGUUAUAAGAGCAGAUUUUAGGGUUGCUUCCUUUUAAAAUGUUUGCAACAUUUAGCCAAAUUCAGUAAAUUAAAUAAAAGUAAAUUUUGGUGUAGCAAAGUCAGUAAAAAUCUCAGUAUAAACGUGGAUCUACUUAUAAAAAGACAAACACUUUGUGUUGUGCCUAACUUUUUCCAUUAUGAGAAAAGGAUGGUAAUAAUUUCAGCCUGAUUUAAAAAUAAAAAGUCAAUUCGGAUGGAUCAGAUUUCUGUAAUUUUCAAACUACUUUUGGGGGCCAGACAAACUCAGUCGAAGGGCCACAAACGGCCCCCAAGCCACACUUUGGACACCCCUGCUUAAGAACAUCAUAAAAAUCGAUUCAGUUUUUUGCAUAGUGUCAAAUUACAAUGUGAAAAAAUGUUAAAUAUGAAAUUUUAAGACAUACUCAUCAUACGCUAUAACUCUUUACCAGUUUGUUAAUAUGUAGUUUUAACAAAACUAGUUUCACCGUAACCGGCCCUUUAAAUGUGAAAAUGAGUUUGACGCCCUGUUGAACUUUCUCAGGUACAAAACUUUAAGCCAACCUUUAGUUAAAGGUGUUUUUCAUACAACUCACAUCAUUGUGGAGGAACUUUGCCCAACUCUUCUUCGCAGCACUGCUUUUGAAAAGGUCAUGACAUUUUAACAUGCUGACUUCUGGACUUUAACUAGACUUUUGCAACUCUGAUUAUUUGUCAGACAUUUUGCCAUAGAUUUUCUGCUGUGCUCCUGCUCAUUGUGUUGUUGGUGACCCAGUUGUGUUAACUUACGCCUCUAUGCUCCAAACCAUGAAAGCAGCAAACGUGCAGUAUUUCUUAUCACUGAAUUGACAGAAAUGGGGUUUUUUUUGUUUUGUUUUUUUCCCAUGACUAAGUUUGUUCUCAUGGCUGUCCAGUCCCAACAUCAUGUUCAGUUAUCAAGCCAUUCAAACCUAAAAAUACCUCGAGUAUCGCGCCUCCAAAACCAUCUCUGACUUGAACAAUUUAAUAAUUGAUUCACUGUUGGGCAGGUACUUUGGAAAAAAUAUCUUUUUACAUCAAGACAGGUUUGUGUGGAGAUUCUUUUCUCCAUAAUAAUCAAAAUCAUCACUUUAAAACAACUUUUAUGUUUAUUUAGGUUAUUGUUGGCCGAUGUUAACGUUUGUUGGAUAAUCCAAAAGUGUGACUGAAAACAGAGCAACUAUUUCAUCACACCAAUGAAACCCACGUUUGAUUGGCUGGUAAAUUCAGAAGAGUGAUGAUGUCAGGAAAAGCAUCCUAUAUCUAAAAAAACAAAAAAAAAGGAGUCUGAUUCUCUUCUUAUAUUUAUCCCCCGAAACAUCACCGUCGGGAGAGGAGUCAGGACAAACCAGUGAGGAGUAAGUGAUUUGUCCAAAGCAUACACACAGUUUGUUUUCAUUUAGCUGAGCAUGAAUAACUGAACUGUUUAUUUUGUUUCGUAUCAGAACAUGGGUUUAAAUUGUGUUUUGUGCUGGGUUUACGGAGUGAAUGAUUUAGAGAAAUCCGAUCUUCUGACUAAACUGAUGACAUUUUUGUGACAUUGUCAGUUCAUUUCUGUUAAUACUUCUCAUCCCCCCAAAAACAAGUUUUAGGAGAAAAAAAUGGUUUUCUAACAGAGUGUAAUGAUUAAAUAUUACAAACUUGAAUUUCUGUAAAUUGAAUAAUAAACAGUGAUAAGGUAAGUACAUGUAGAUUGAACAUUGCAUCUUCAUUGUGCAAAAUCCUCCAUCUCUUUUAUGUCCUUCUGGAUUCUCCAGAAACCGAUCCAUAUGUGAGAACAAGUCAUGCAUUUUGAUUUUGACAAGUUAGAAAGUUGACCUGAUUGAACAAAACCAAUGUGACUUUUGGGUUCAGCACAUCAAAAGUACCCUAAAACAGUUGAAAAACCUCCAGACAUUUUUUUUUUGGUUGUUGAUCAGAGCGAUGUGUGUGUUUGGCUUGUAUUUGCAGAAAACUGGACUGGAGCCACAGGAAUGAACGGUACGGAAGGUCCAAGCAUGAUCCAGAUUCAUGUACCUGUCAGGGUUCUGCUGACUGUGCUCCCAUGCCUCUUUUUCUUGUACGUCAACAGCGUCAUGCUGUUCGCCCUGGUGAAAAAGCCCCUGCUCCUGGAGUCACCCCGUUACAUCCUGUUUGGGCAUUUGCUCUUCUCCGACUUCCUCCAGUUUACAGCCAUCACCGUGAAGAUGUCCCCCAUCAACCUGGCUGUCAUGUCGUUGGAGAGGUUCGUUGCCAUUUGCUUCCCUCUGAGGCACGCCGCCAUCGCAACCUCCAGGGUGACGCGUGGCGCCAUCGCCGUCAUGUGGACCGUGGCCUCUUUGGACUCUUUCACGCAGCUCUGUCUGUUUUUCAGCCUCGGCAACAGAAGCCUCACCGCUCAGCAGGUCUGCAGGAAAAAGACGGUAUUUCAACUGCAGGUUUACGUGAUUGUGAACCAGGUUUUCACAGUCGCAAAUUUCGUCCUGGUUACCGUUAUUAUCAUUUACACUUACAUCGCUACCAUGGUGGCCGUGAAGUGCGGCUCUUCUUGCGCUCACAGGGCCAAAGUGGCACAUCAAACCGUGAUCCUGCACGCACUCCAGCUGUGCCUGUACCUCAUCUCCACCCUGUUUAACAUGAUAAACUCCAGCGACCUGUUCAACUUGGACCCAGGUGUUGCUCUUUACGUCAAUCACCUGCUCUUUUUAGGGCUAAUCAUUUUCCCCAAGUUUUUGAGCUCGCUUUUAUACGGCCUUAAAGAUCAGACGUUCAAGCACGUCUUCAAAUACUACUUUACCUUUGGCUACAGAUCUUCAGUAGAGCCCUAUCCCACGUCUUGACCACUAAUUGGAAUAAAUUCAUGUUUUAAUUUGCGUAGUGUAUGAAAAGGUGCUUUGAAGUUUUUCUUAGAUAAACGAGAGAAAAACCGAGUAUUUUUGCUGAAGUUAAAAAGAGUUGAAUGGAAAUAAAAAACUAACAAGAAACAGGUUGAAGCUGCAUGUUUGCAUGCAUUGUAUAAUUUGUGAAUGCAAGAACAAUGAGAGAUUUCUUUAUUGUUGUUUUGUUCAAAUUCACAUCUUUACAGGGUAUACUUAUUUUUAGCAAUUGAUGCAGUUGCCUUAAAAACGUGACGCCUCGGGUCAAACAUCUCGGUUGUCCUUCCACAAGAUUCUCGCAAGAGCUUUCUGGACGCCUGGCCCAUUUCUCCUGGCAGAACUGGGUCUGUUUCGAAAAGCUGCUUUGCUCAUACACACAUUUUCAGCUCUACCCACACAUUUUUAAUUGGACUCAGAUCAGGUCUUAAAAAACUGGCAGAUAUUAACCAGUUUUGCAGCUAAUUUGGAGAUAUGCUUGCUGUCGUUGUCCACUUGGAAAGCCCUAUUUGUGCCUAAAUUUGAACUGCAUGGCUGCUGUCCAGGGAUAUUGUUUCAAAAUUUCCACAAAAUGGUUUUUUUGCCCAUAAUACCAUUUAUUUUUGUAAAGUAGACCAGUCUCCCUUACUGCAAAAACAAAAAUUUACAUUUUUUCUUCCAAAUGACAGUCAUAGUAGCCAAAUACUUCAAUUUUUUGUUUCACUUUUUGACGUCUCAAAAAAAACUAAGAUUUUUAUCCCUGAGAGCAUUAUACAGAGUACACAAACAUAUGGUUUCAACUAUGUCUAAAAAAAAAUUUUUCCCUUUAAAUCUGCUGCUGCUUUGUGCAUCUUGUCAAAAAAGAAAAUGCUAU